UCUUCCCUCGAUAGCUUGGAGCACAAACACGAUGCUUACAGAGGAUCUUUAUUUUAUGUACCUUGGACUUAUGUUGCCAAAAGAAACCCAUUCCCAAGAAAGCCUGACAUUUUUUGCACAGGACUUCACGUUCAAAGACGAUGACGUAAUUGCAGUCACGUACCCAAAGUCAGGUACAAUCUGGAUGCAAGAAAUCCUCCCUCUGGUGCUGAGUGGGGGGGAUUUGACACCCAUUCAAAGCAUACCGAACUGGGAUAGGGUUCCCUGGCUGGAGGAGAAAAGAUUAAAACUAGUUGUGGAUCAAUUGCCUUCUCCACGAGCGCUGGUCACUCAUUUUCCUUACCAACUCAUGCCACCAUCCUUCUUCACUUCAAAAGCCAAGGUGAUCUAUGUAAUGAGGAACCCAAAGGAUGUCCUUGUGUCUUCCUAUUACUUCCACCAAAUGGCAACUUUCCUUGAAGACCCUGGAACCUGGGAUGAAUUUAUUGACAAAUUCCUCAAAGGCAGAGUGAUGUUUGGGAAAUGGACUGACCAUGUCAAGAGCUGGAGGAACACACAGCUGGGAGACAGAAUCAUGUAUAUCACAUAUGAGGAAAUGAUUCAGGACCUUCCUGCAGCUGUGCGCCUUAUUUCCAAUUUCCUGGGGAAGAACCUGAGUGACCAAAUCAUUGAGAAAAUAGCCCACCACUCUUCUUUCAAGUCCAUGCAGGCCAAUAUCAUGUCCAACUUCAGUUUGGUCCCCAAAAUAUACAUGGACUCUGACAAGUCUCAGUUCCUGAGGAAAGGUGUUGUUGGAGAUUGGAAACAACAUUUUACCUCAGAGCAACUGGUCCACUUCUCCUCUGUCAUUUCCAAGGAGCUGGAGGGCGACAACUUCACUCUGCCGUGGAGCUUGGAUGCCACAGUAGAUGUCGCGAAUGUGGAUGCACAAGUUGAAAUGUGACAGAUGAAGAUUCAGAGUUAGGUUAUGUAAUACUCCAAUAUUACACUCAAGACUUACUGUAAACCCCUUUUCCUCUGUUGACUAAUCUAGUCAGCAUUGUACCCACUACCUGACCUCAGUACAAUAUUGGGAUGUAUAGUAUGCAGGUUUAGUGAUUCACAUGGGCCAUGGGAGGCUUCAUUUUCAAUAUAGUCAUUGUACACUGACUGGAUUCUUUAUUCGGUGCACCUGCACGGUGUAAGGAGAUCCAAUACAAGAUCCAUUCAGUGGAACCUUGAUAAAACAUGUGUGUCAGUUCCAGAAUUGGCUGUCGUUUACUGUCGAGAGUGAGGCAUUGACGUUGCGGCCAUGUGACCACGGUAAAGCUGUUUUCUUCUGUACAUACUAUACAGCAGAGAGAGAGGGCAUCAUGCCUUCAGCGUUAACUGUGAAAAGUACAAAAUGUGUCUUUGGACGUGGAAAGAAACAAUUUAUGGGAAAGUAACAGUUUUUUAUUAUUUAAAAAAACGUCAAGCCGUUUGCUUUGCCCAAUUGAUUUGGAACUAGGAACCACAUUAUUUCCCCACGGCUCAUGAAAGUGACUUAUCUAUGUCAACGAUAUCACCAUGAUAAAGUGCACCAAGCAUGGUAGGUAAGUUUGGAUAAAAUUUGAAACUCCCAAACAUUUUAAAGCUCAUUUUUAAUAUAAUUAUUUACGAUAGCUGUGUACUGUACCGGACGUUUUAGGCCAUGAAGAAAAUCUGUCAAACAAUUAUUUUGUUCUGUAGAGUAGUAUGUGUGCAAAUGGCAGGAAAAAAAAAAGUGAUUCAAAGUAAAGCACACUCGGGAGUGAGUAUCGAACAACCCUCGCCCCUAUUAGUCCGUUCUAUCAAGUUUCUACAUUAUAUUAAAAUAACUAUGGCCAUCCAUUUAUGACUUUACAUCAUGUAUACGUACUGCUAGACUAACAAGCAUAAUUCUUAGAAUCACUGCCUAUGUUUUGAACCUCACGAAUAUAUUUUGUUUCUUUGCUUACAUGAUUUUGAAGUGCAUUACUUACUGCAAUCAUUUUAUUUUCAAUCAGUACUUUCUUGCCUUAUUUGCCUAUUUACAAAAGGGAUCAUCAAAUGCUUGUAAUUUCAUUUUCCAUUUACCUUUUAGGGUACGUAGUGUCCUAAAAUAAAUUCCCAUUUUUCUCAAGAUUGCUUUGCUAGUAGAUUUGUUGCAGGCUAAUGCUUUUUGGAAUGUUUAAGCAUUCCUUUGAUUUAUAGAAAUGUUUUUGGAACUCAUUGAUUGAACAUUUUCUUUAGCACCACAGUCAUAUAUUCCAAAGUGACACAAUAAAUCAAUAAAAAAAC